GUUUGAGCGGGGCCGCUAUAGUGAUGGUCCGUGUCGAUGCCGCGACGAUCCUUCCGUUCUCGCUGGGCGGAUAAUUCCUCGUCAACGUUCGAUCGAAGCAACCCGCCCGUCUACCGUCGUGCAUAGGAAAAGCACUUUUCCGGCCACCGAAAAGUGGGUGUGCAAUUUUAAUUUCGCAAUAAUUAAUGCUGUUGUGCCCGCUGUUUAGUUGUGGAAAGUGACAUUAAACAAACAAUACACAGCCGAUACUCGUAUACGCAAAAAGUGCGCUUGGGUGGAAAGUUGACGGUUCUCGGCUUCUCGGCGUACGCGUACGUGUGUCAUCGAAGCGGACGACAGCGCGAGCACAACGCAUAUACAGCCAGCAGAAGCAGAAGCAGCAACAGCAGCAGCAGCAGCAACAGCAGCCCAGAUUAGGUUCAGUGGGUCUGAAUGUUUAGAGGGGCACAAACACACACACAAAUCCGUGUUCUUCCCUCUUCGAGUGCAAAGUGAAUGUGGCGAACGAUUAGAAAAAGGGCUUUGAAAUUGGAAUUUUCUCCCCCCAAAACCGGGCCUAUCAUCAUAACGCCCCCCCCCCCCCCCUCCCCUCAAUGGCACACUGAAGUGAGGGAGCGCACCCGAGCUGUUUCCUGGUGGGAAAAAUCGCCGUAAAGGAUCGAGAGCAGCUGGAAGGGGAACGAUCACUAAUGAAUGAUCGAAUUGUGCAAGCAGCAGCAACAGCAGCAGCAGCAGUUGUGUAGUAAAAGCCACAGAAUGCCUUCAGUUUACGCUCGCUGAAUCGCCGCUGCCCCUCCGCCGGGUAUUAGCUCUAGGAAAGACACACGCCAGUAGUGUACAAAAACAAAAACAAACAAAAAACUUAAUCCCGCCGACAGCUGUACUCCUCCCAACCCCCAACCAAAGUCAAAGUUUUGCAAGUAUGGUGUGAGUGCAACGUGCAAGUACAGUGCAAUUCUGAACCGCGCGCUUGUCUCGUCCGUCAGUGUGUGUGUGGGCAGGCGAGGGCAGGAUACGGUGAGGGUGGGUGAAAAAAGGUCCUGCUUCCUUCGUCACCACAAACUCCCCUUUGUGUGGCGCAGAAGGGGGUGCGUGCGCGCGCGCUCACUCGCACGUCCAGUUUUGCUGUAUGGGCAUGGUGUGGUGGUGGCCUACGUUGGUCUAUGUAUGACAUUGGCGAGAGGAAGGAGACGUGUGUAUCAUCCCGUGUCCCGUGAAAGCGAGCGGCAGCAAGAAACGCGGUGAGAACACUAGUGCGCGCUCCGCACCGUUCCGGAAGAUGUACGCGAAGCAGCAAACAAAGGUCGCUGGUGGAGGAGGAGGAGCAAUAGGUGGUGGUGGUGGUGUUGGUGGUAGACAAAGCAUAAAGGCUGAGUAUCAAGCCGGUGGCAAGGUGGCGAGUGGCGGUGUGGCCGGUGCCGAGCGUCGGGCCAGUACGGUUUACGCGCGGAAAGCGUCAGUGGUGAGCAACAGUAGUGACGUGUCGAACGAUGACUACGAGGAGGUCAAGCCGGACCUGCACGUUAGCUCGCACCUGCUCGACCAUGGGUACGGGUGCGGGGUCGUGGGGGGUUCGUUCACGACCGUGCCGAUAAUUUCUAUCCCGCCGGCGCAUCCCAAACAAUCGCAGCAUGCUGCAGCAACCGAGCAGCAGCAGCAGCAGCGUGGCCAUCAUCAACACACUAGUAGUAACGUUAGCAGUAGAAACAAUCACUCCAACGGCAGGAGCAGCCAUCAUCACAGUAGUACGCCCACUUCAACCACCAUGCCAUCAUCGUCCUCAACGACAACCUCACGCAGCGGGGGCAAGCAGCAGCAGCAGCAACAGCAGGAGCAGCAGCAGAAUCAGACCCAGCAGCAACAGAACCACCACGGCAGUGGCAAGCACAACGCGGCCGAUCCACCGAUCACUAACUUUUUCAGGGCCAUCAAACGAUCGUCACAAUCGUCGAGCAUAUCUCCCACACCGGCCAAAAUAGCGAAGAGCAGCAAUGGCAGCAGCAUGAAGACGCCCAACUCCACCUGCUCCACGCCCACAUCGUCAAUAUCGUCCUCUUCGUCCAAGAAGCGCUACUCGGAACGAACUAGGUACGACACGUCGCUGGGGCUGCUGACGAAAAAGUUCAUCGAUCUGCUGAACGAGUCACCGGACGGGGUGGUCGAUCUGAACAUCGCGUCGACGAAGCUGAAGGUGCAGAAGCGGCGCAUCUACGACAUUACCAACGUGCUCGAGGGCAUCGGCAUGCUGGAGAAGAAGUCGAAGAACAACAUCCAGUGGAAGUGCGGCAACACGGUGUGCAAUAUCGAUCGCAACACGCGGGUGCAGCGCGAACGGUACCGGUUGCAGCAGAAGGAAAACAUGCUGGACGAGAUGAUCGUGGAGCUGCGAACGGCCACGAACGAGGAGAUGGCGCACACGAAGCAAGGCUACUUUACCUGUCAGGAUCUGAGCUCGCUGGAGAUGUUCCGCGAGCAGACGAUCGUUGUUAUUAAGGCACCACCAGAGGCUAAACUGGAGUGGAUGAACGAGAAAAUGCAACGAGAAAUUGUGCUAAAAUCUGAGAAGGGAGAGAUCGACGUGUUUAUCUGUCCAACGGACGAGCCCGGCGCCGUCGACAGUCCGGCAGUGAUCGCCGGCGACCCGCUGCUGGAAAACUUCGAGCCCGUACUGUCGCCCUUCCAGCGAGUGGACAAAACUUCCAGUCCAAGGCGUGGUGCAGCAAACCCGUCCCCGUACGCGGCACAGCGCAAUCUCAACCGUGCAUUGUUCGAGGAAGGGUCUGUGAUGAAGAGCGAACCGGCGGAAGGUGGUGCCAGCGAGAGCAGCAUACACUCGGCCGUUGCGUCUCUGUUCAACCUGUCCGGCAGCAGCGUGCCGCAGAAGGUGGUGGUGCAUGCCGAGCGGUACGAACUGCCGCUGGGCAGUAGCGGUAGCCCGCUGGCCUCAUCCAGCAGUACGUCCGGUGCGGGCGAUUGUAGUACCAGCAGCUACUACCAACACCACCACCACCCAUCCACUGCUGUUGCUGCUGCUGCGGUGGCAGAUCCAUCCGAGUUGCAUUUCGAUGCUAGUCAGACAACGACGACGAUGAUCGGGUCCGCGGCGACAACGUCCAAGACUGGCGUGAGAGUUAAAUCCGAACAUGUGCCUGAUAGUAGUAAUAGUAGAAGUAGCGAAAUGCUACCACCGUCCGCCAUCUCGGCGGACAGUGGCGUGUUCGUGUGGGGUGACGGCGUGAUGGACGGCGACGAGCAUCAUCAUCAUGGCACCACCAGGCACGAUGGCGGCGGUGGUGGUGGUUCCGGCAUGGCGACGUCGUCGUCGUCCUCCAGCUCGUCGUCCACCGUUUCGUCGUCCAUGCUGUCCGGUGGCGUGAUGGGCCAUCUGAACAACAAUCACAUCCACGGCGGCGGCGUCAAAGCGAUACCGGAGGAGAUCACUAACAAGAACGCAUCGCUGUCGGAUACGAAGCUGAGCCCGAACCUGUUCCAGUUCGAUUUUGGCAGCACGAUGUCGGCGCUAAAGCCGCCGAGCACCAAGUCCUCGCCGGAGAAUCUGCACCAGCGCUACGGCCUGUCGGAUUUCGACGCAAUGCAUGAUCUGGACAUUUUCCUACCGCUGGAACCGACCGCCGACUACAAUCUGUCCCUAAACGAAUCGGAGGGUGUAUUCGAUUUGUUCGAUUUCAACUCAUAAAGCUGGUAGAGGCGGCCGCUCUAGCCGCACAGAGUUGCCAACACAACAAACACCGGGCCGGCGCCGCCUACUGUGUGCUGUGCAGCAAGGCAGCGCUGUUAAAAGGAUAUUCGCAAGCUGGCACAACUCCGGCAGAGGCGGGCAAACACGCGCGCGCGGCCACAUUCAUUUGUCAAACCUUACAAAACCGAUACGCUUUCACCUAUAGUAUGCGCAGCAGCGAGCGCGCAUCCACUGCUACCGUUUGUAGCAGCAGCAGUAGCAGCAGUAAAGCAUAUUAUCAUCAUUACAAGCGGGGGGAGAGCACGCCGCAGAGCGCGUGCGUGUAACGAAAUUGGCACAAAACAAACGGUGUUAAAUUAGGAGUUUUUUUUUAUGAUUAGAAAUGCAGGCUAAGGAUAGUAAUUUUAAGGCAAUUAGUGUUUUUUUUCUUCGAAUUAGCAUUACUUUAAACGAAUCCUUAUCACCAAGCGCGUGUGUAUGUGUGUGUGUGCGCAUACAUAACCGCUCCACAAUUUUAAAGCACUCCUCCCCGGUGGGGGGUAGCAGCAUAUGCAAAUAUGCGCGACGAAAGGCUCUUUUUUAAGUUUGCAAACAAAGUGUGCAGGUGCAUUAUUAAAACCAAACAAUGUCAAUAUUUCUCCUUUUACUCUUUCCCUUCCUGUGCAGGAUACAGCCAGGAUAUUCUCUCCCUUUCCCCAACGCCCCCCCCCCUCUAACUGAAGAGGACAAAACACCAUACAGUCGCAGAACAUCAUCAAUCCCGGCCUAGCCACCAUCAUCCCCGCCCCUGCCUACACUCUCCUCUGCUCUGCCGUAUAAUUUUUAUUACUCAAUUUUGUUAACAAGUUUGUUUUCGUCUGUUCUUGAUGGUUUCUUUCACACGCGGGAGGGGGCACCCGACAACAAAGUUAUUUCAUUUGAUAAGUAUUUUCUUUUGUUGAAUUUUGUUUUUGUUUUGCAAUGUUCUUUUUCUCGUUCUUUCUGCCAAUGCCCCUUUCUAGUUUUUGCAAACUUAUUUCCCCACACCACCACCACCACCCACCCCACAGAACUGAGAGAGUUGUGUAAUAUUAGAUGCGUAAGGAUGAAAAAAAAACAACACGAGUGUGGGAGACAAACUUUUUGUUUACUUCCGAUAGGUUUUGAGCAAGAGUGUAUGUGUGUGUUUGUGUGUGUGUUGCUAUUAAAUCUGUGGCAUUGUAACAUUAUGCCUCGAUGUUAGUAGAAUCUGUUGCGUAAAAGAGCCAUCAGCUUCGGCAGAGUGGGCAAGAGAAGUGGGGGAGAAAAGAGAGAGAGAGAGAGAGAGAGAAAGAGAGAGAGAGAGAGAGAGAGAGAGAGAGAGAGAGAGAGAGAGAGAGAGAGAGAGAGAGAGAGAGAGAGAGAGAGAGAGAGAGAGAGAGAGAGAGAGAGAGGAAAGAAAUGCAACCAAAUCGUUUCGGAUUCGGAAAAACUUACCAAGUCUUUCGGCAAGUAUAGCAACAUAUUAAACAGCAACACGAAAACGCAAGGAUAAGACUUAAUCAUUUUUCAUCCAUCUUGCGUAGUUACUUUUUUGUUUCGUUUGUGGUAAACCGUAAUGUAAAUAUAGUCGAUAAGGAUUGUAAAUUAUUUUCAAUAAAUUGUUCCGGUGCGAUUGAAAACCACACACAAGCACAUACACAAGCACACACACGCACACACACAUACACCGACGGCAAAGGGAACGUUUAAGUACACCGGUAGAUGAACCAGA